AUGCAGACUAUUGGAAGACUAAGCUGUUGUGAUGCCUUAAGAUGCUUUCAGGUGCUCUCAUUGCUAAGCAACCCUUCUUUGCUUGAGGAACCGGCAGUGGCAUCACUCUACCCACCUGACGUGAUUUCCCGAGCAAAGGAGUAUGUUGGAAAGAAUCCAAAGUUUGGUGCCUAUUCGCACUCGAAAGGGAUCCCGUUUUUCAGGCAGAAAGUGGCUGAAUACAUCAAUCGUAGAGAUGGGGCUUUGGUUCCAGCUGCAGAUCCAGAGGAUAUCUACUUGACUGAUGGUGCUUCAGCUGGCGUGAAGACGGUUUUAGAGGUCAUGAUUGGCAGCCCUCUCGAUGGAGUUCUCAUCCCAAUUCCUCAGUACCCACUAUACUCUGCAGCAAUAACUCGCUUGGGUGGUACCUUCAUAGGAUACGAGUUGAUGGAGGAUUACACUUCUGGAAAAGGAUGGGCCAUUGAUGUUGAUCUUAUUCAGAAGAAGAUUGAGGAGUUUUUGGCUGGUGGAGGUCGGGUGCGAGGCAUCGCUGUCAUCAACCCUGGCAAUCCGACUGGCACCAUCCUCACACGAGAUGUCGUGGAAGCAGUGGUGAGGCUUUGUGCGAAGUACAAGAUUGUCAUCCUGGCUGAUGAAGUCUAUCAGGACAACAUUUUUCGACAAGACAGAGAAUUUGUGUCCUUCAGACGGGUGGUCCACGAGUUGGAUUUGCCAGUGGAACUAUUUUCUUUCCAUUCGAUGUCAAAGGGGUACUAUGGAGAAUGUGGAUUGCGAGGAGGAGUCAUGCAGCUCACGAACAUCGAUCCAGAAGUUGCUGAUCAGAUCUACAAGCUCUUCUCCAUGAUCUUGUGUGCCAACACCUUGGGCCAGGCUCUGAUGGCUUCCAUCUUGAACCCUCCACAGCCCGGAGAUGCAUCCUUUCAGCUCUUUGAGCAGGAGCGGAGCCAAAUCUUGGCCAACCUCAGCAGAAAGGCAGAUUUGGUGACCCGAGCACUCAACCAUAUGCCUGGUGUGCAGUCACUGCGAGUGGAAGGCGCAAUGUAUGCAUUCCCCCAGGUUUAUCUACCUCAGAAGUUUGUUCAGGAAGCUGAAAGUCUUGGUAAGGCUGCCGACAUGCUUUACUGCAUCAAGAUGCUUGAGGCCACAGGAGUUAUAGUUGUUCCUGGAAGCGGCUUUGCCCAGAGGAAUGGAACCUGGCACUACCGGAUUACGAUUUUGCCCGAGGAAGACAAGCUGAAACGAGUGUUAGCUCGUAUGGCGACCUUUCAUCUCAACUUUUUGGAAAGGUACCUAAGCCCUUCGGAGCGUGCCAUUGAGGACAAGACCCCAACGCCUUGCCUGCCAAAGUACUCUGCAUCAAUCCAGACUGAGAUCGUCGAGGCACACCUGAAAGGAAAGCCCGCCCAGGAAAAACCUUGGAUGCUUCUCAUGCUUGGUGGGGCAGGUGCUGGCAAGAGCUCCUUAUUGAAUGUCUUGACGAAGCAUGGCAUGGACGUAGGCAGUUUUGUGCGGCACGGAUUGGACGAGUACAUAGAGUAUCUUCCGGAAUACAAGGCAUCUGUGCAGAAGAAGCUAGUCGUGUACAAGGAUGCAGCAGAUGGCUGCUAUGCCGGUGCCAUUCCGAUUGCUAAGGCUGCUCAACUGGAGAUCAUCAGGCGGAAACAGCAUUUGGUCUACGAGGAAACUGGCAAAGACUUGAACCGCAUCACUAAAAGAGUCCUGCCAGUUUUCGAGGAGGCUGGCUACAGCAUUGCCAUUGCUUUGGUUGACAAUGACCCAGAAAUGGCAAAGCAACGCUCCUUGAGCCGCUUCAUGAAGGGAGGCAGGUAUGCACCUGAUAGCUACAUUGAGUCCACCUUCAAGAACGUGCCCGAGAAUUAUGCCAAGCUGAAAGAAAUGACACAGGUCAAAGAAGCUUACUAUUGCAAUAACAAUUGCAUUCAAUCUGAUGGAGAAUGCUUGAGAUGCUGGGUUGACAAGGGCGAGAGGACCUUGCUUCCCUCCGCGGCCAUGUCGUCUGGUCCUGUGCAGAGACUGCAUGCCGCAUCGAGAUAA